CCAGCUAAUACAUUUAGGUCAGUACCAUGGGGGACUGGUCGUACCUGUCUUUGCUGAUGGACAAAGUCCAGGCCCAUUCCACAGUGGUGGGGAAGAUCUGGAUGAGUGUCCUCUUCAUCUUCAGGAUCUUUGUGCUGGGGGCUGCUGCAGAUAACGUCUGGGAGGAUGAAGUCAGCGAGUUCUACUGCGACACCCUGGAGCCAGGAUGUGAACACAGCUGCUACAACUGGAAGUUCCCAAUAUCCUACAUUCACUACUGGGUCCUGCAGAUCGUCUUAGUGUCCACGCCCACCCUGGUCUACCUGGGCCACGCUAUCCACGUGGUUCACAAGGAGAAAAGAAUGAUGGACCAAGCAAAGCAUGAUGGGAAGCUGAAGAAAGCAAAGUUCACAGAUGUCAGAGGGAAGGUGAGGAUAACAGGCAUCCUCUUCUGCACCUACAUGAGCCAGCUAGUCUUCAAGAUCCUCCUGGAGGUGGGCUUUAGUGUGGCCCAGUUCUACAUCCUUGGUUCUGUAUUCAUGGUGUCCUACUUCCACUGUGAAAUCUCUCCACCUUGUGCUCGUUUCUCUGGUGCCCAGUGUUACAUCUCUCGACCAACUGAGAAGACAAUCUUUAUCAUCUUUAUGCUGGUAGUUUCUGGGAUUUCUGUGCUUCUUAAUAUAAUUGAGAUGAUCUACCUGGUGUGUAAGAGGAGAAGAAUGAAGAGGAAGCAGCGAGUAGGCAGACAGCAUCCUCUCACCUCAGCAUGCCUGCCUGAAUUACCAGCGGAAGCUAUCAACAGCCACUGUGAAGGGUUCCCGAUGCUCCCUCUGCCGUCUGACAGCCGCCGCAGAGUCAUUGAUCAACACUAUCAACCCUCCAGCAAGGAAAAGAACACCUGACCUGCAGGAGAUACCAGAACCUAUGUCAGCAUUUCUCCAUCUUUGAUCCUGGACUGUGUCCAAAAAACAUUAGAUUAUUGAUUUGUUUGUUCCUGGAAAUUA